UCAAUUCUUUGAACUUGACCGAAAUCAUAUUCUCUACUUUACUAAUUCCAUCAUCAAAACCUUCACUGGCCGAAACCGAACCAAUCAAUCAAUCAAAAUUAGAAAACUGCAGACACUCUCUACCGAAAAUGAAAAAGAAAAAGAUUGCAGUGGUGGACAGGAUUAGUGAUCUACCGGAAUCUCUUCUGUGCCACAUUCUCUCCUUCCUUCCAACCAAAGAGUCAGUCGCCACAAGCAUUUUGUCAACCAGGUGGAAGCUCCUUUGGACUCUCGUCCCAAAGCUAGAUCUCGACAGUGACGAGAUCACCGCUUCGGAGCUUUUGCGUGACGAUGAAUAUUUACGUGAGAGUGAGAUCAAGUUUGCACAUGUUGUGUCAAGUGUUUUGGCUCAACAAGAACGUGGAGAGCUCCGAACUUUUCGCCUCAGAUGGAAAUUUUAUUGGGAUGGUUCCCAUCUCGACGCAUGGCUUCGCACUGUCGCUGCUCGUAAAGUCAAAGAACUUGAUCUCCGCAUUUAUACUGAUGGGGAAAAUCUGAAAUUGCCUCCAAGCUUUCUCUCUUGCACCACAUUAGUGGUUCUGAAAUUAUCUGAUACUAUUGCUCUUGAUAUUGAUACUCCUUCAUUAUCCUUUAAUUUCCCGAGCCUAAAGAAACUGCUAGUAGCUUCUUUGAUGCCGAGUAAUUCACAAGAAUACUCUUUCUUGAAACUUCUCUCUGGCUGCCCUGUCCUCGAAGAUUUGUCACUUACAACUGAACUCUUUGAGCGUGAAUAUAAAAUAUGUGUUCCCACGCUCAAACGCUUAAGUAUCCAUGAUUUUCAUUAUGACUAUGAUUAUGAACUCAAGAUAAAUGCCCCAGCUCUUGAGUACUUGAACUUCUUUGGUGAUCUACGCGACAUCAAAUUCUAUGAAAAACUAAACAACCUAGUUCGGGCGGAUGUCUAUAUUGCUAUAUUAGAUUCUGUACCUGAAGAAUUUCGCUGGAAAUGGGUGUCCAAUCUUUUUGCUGCACUGAAUAACGUCAAAUUGCUCUCAUUUUCUCCAAGAGGCCCAGUGUGGAACAACUUUGAAAAUAUUUAUCCUUCCUCAUUCCAGAAUUUGGUCCAACUAGUAUUUGUAGUGAAUGGUCAAAACUGGAAUGUGCUACCAGACUUGCUCCAAAAAGCUCCCAAUCUAGAAACUCUUUUUAUUACUACGGAUUAUGAUAUCGUUAAGAUCAACUCAUAUCGGAAGGAGGCACAAUAUAAUCCUGAUAAUCUGUCAUCACUCACAAGUUUUUAUUUCAGAGAUUUUUUUGGUGAUAAGGAUCAAGUGGAACUUGUGAAAUAUGUUCUAAAGGAGGCAAGAGUUUUGAAAACAGCAACAAUUGAAGUUUCUCGUGAAGAGUUGAAGGAAAGUGUUCUUGAGAAACUAUCAAUGUUCCCAAGGUGCUCAACAACAUGUUUACUUAGAGUUGAAUGAGAACCUGUCAACAAGUGUGUUCCUACAAGUACACGUCUGCCCCAACUCACACUAUAUGCAAGAAUGCAUCACAUCACUUCCAUUGGAUAUUGGCUAGACUGAUCGUUGAUCAACAUCUAAAAAUACUAUUAAUCUUUUAUCAUUAGCUGCUCUACUCACCUGCAUUGGUGCUUCUUGUUGAGACUAUAAAUCUUUUUUUUGUUUUUGUUUUUGUGUUUUCUUAUUUUCUUUUUUGAUAAGUAACUAUAAAUCUUUUAUCAUUAGCUGCUCUACUCAUCUGCGUUGGUGCUUCUUGUUGAGACUAUAAAUCUUUUUUCGUUUUUUGAUAAGUAACUAUAAAUCUUUUAUCAUUAGCUGCUCUA